AUGCUCAGAUAUUAUGUGAUAGUUAUUCUUUUUGCAAUUAGCUUAAAUUAUUCUAAGAAAGAAUUUAAAUUUUGCUCAAGAUAAAAUAAAAUAAAAACAUAAAUUAGAGGCAAUUACAAAAAUGUGAUAAGCUAUGAUGAAAGUCCUUUAUUGACAAGUCGAAAAUAAAAUUAUAUUUAAUUAAGUGGAUCAGGAAUUCUAUUUAGAAAUGAAAUUUAUGGAGCUUAUUAAAAUUAUCUAGGGACUUAUUGUGGUAAAGGCAAGUCAAUUGUUAUUGAAUUAAGACAGGCUUUUGAAUUAAAUACAUUAAAAAUUAUGUUACGAAAUGGUGAUGUUCGUACCUAUGAUUUUAUAGUUUAUGCAUCCGAUUCAAAUAAAGAAACUGUAAUAUUUGAUGGAAUCAAUUACUAUAAUGAAGUUGCCAAAAUCAAAUUUUAAAAUUAGUUUGUCAAAUAUUUUAGAAUUUUUAAUAGAAAUGGGAAUUCAGAAACUGCUAAUAUUAAUAUAAUCAAAAUUGAGGCUUAUUUUUAACUUUGA